GGCCAACACUCGAACGCUGUUCUUUGUCUCUCCGACACCGUUCGCACCGUGCUGGCCAUCGCAGGGCGCGACUUUCUCCUUCUCUCGCCCCCUCGCAGUCUCUCUUAGUACCCCCACGCUCCUUUCCUCUCUUCUCUUUGCCAACCAUGUUCGACCAGGCCCCCCGUCGCUUCCACCCUCGCCAGACUACCAAUCAGACCGAUGCCCAGGGCUGCCUCAUCUGCCCGGACGACGCAACCAAUGGCUGCAAUUGUGCCUUCAACCAGCAGUGUAUCCUUAUCAACCGCGAUUGCAAUACAUGCGCUUAUAUGAGCUGCAUCGCGAACGAUGACACUUCUAGCACCUCCUCCAAGGGUGGUGUCAGCAAGGGAGCAGUCGCUGCAGCCGUCGUCGUGAUCAUUCUCGUCUUGGCUGGUGCCGUCGCAGCCUUCUUCUGGUACCGCAGGCGCCAACGCCUGCAACGGAACACCGCCCCCGAACAGGAAAACAAACCCGAUGUGCCAGCCCGUGCGGAGGACGUCCUCGGUAGGGAAGACCCCCACGAGAAGGUCACGUCGCCGCCGCCUCAGCUCUCCAGCAUCAGAAUUUUCUCUGGCUCAUCCAAUGGCACCAUUAACCUGGACCCCGCAGCAUCUGACGCGGGCCACUCUCAGCCCUCGCAGCGCGGUUCCGUCCAGUCAAACCCCUUCGAAGACAACCACUCCAUCCAAACCUCCUCUACCGGCGCCCAAUCAAACGUCAUUCCCAUCGCCCUUGUCCCUCCUGGCUCAGUUGGCAACUCGUCGGUCACUUCGGCGAACUCCCACACACACGACGGCUAUAAUGCCGCUCACGUUGGUAUGCACGCGCGCUCCGAUGUAAACCUGGACCAUGUCAACGUCUCCAACGACUCGCUCACUCAGCGGGGUGGUGCUUCCAACGCUGCGUCUGCGCGCUCUGGUGUAAAUGACAACACUACCUACAACAACAACCGCAGCUCGUACAUGACCACUGGCAGCUUCGCAAGCGACUUCUUGGAAACGUCUGUGAUCAUUACUCCCACUCGUGGCACGGUCAAGCAGGUCGUCGGUGUCGCCAAGGCUGAGGUUUUGCAUGCUUCGCCCAGCGACUCUCUUAGCCGUUCGUCGACCCUCUCCAAGGCACGUUCGCCGCUCGCAGCGUCCAGCUUCGGCCCGGCCGAUGUCAUGCAGGAGGCCGAGGAAGAGCAGGAAAUCACCGCACCAGCGAACCCCUUCUCGGACAGCAACUCGCCUUACUCGAGGUCUUCCCCUACGCCCUCGGCGACCACGUUCGGCACCCCGGAACCUUCGCACACCUCGUACAGCCGCCAGUCGCAGCAGGACGCAAACUGGCUCCAGGAGGACCCCGCCCAUCUGUACGGCCACUCUUCCAACGACAGCCGCCCUGCCAGCGUGUACACGCAGGCUUCCGCGAUCAUCGCAGACAUUAGCAGCGCGAAGCGCGUCCACCUCGGGUUCGAUCAGAUGCAGGGGAUGCCGAGCACGCCCCUCAGUGCUGCUCUGAGCACUCCCCGCUCGAACUACCGCAUGACGAACGCGAAGCUUGUCUCCCCCGUUGUGCAGCACAGCGCGGCGAUCGAGACUGGCGGCAGCGCCAACGCGGGUGCGCUCGAGCAACAGCAGGCCCGUGCGCUUCAGGAGCUGGCUGCGGAGUCGGGCAAGAACCGUAUGUCGAUGGCGUCCGUCAUGACCACGUCGACACGCGCAGACUCGAUUCUCGAGAGCUUCCCCUUCGUGCCUCCGUCCCCGAUCUCCAACCGGCCCAUCCGCACGCCCCCGCGCUCGCCGCUCACGCAGCAAUCGUUCGCCGGCGGCGCAGCGCAAGACGACCACCACGUGUCUGCACAAGAGACCGUGAACCGUGCUCGUGCGUCCGCGUCGUCGUCGUCGAUGCUCUCAGCGCUUGCGCCGCCGAACCGCAAGGUUCUCGGCAUGAGCGUCUCGUCGCAGAGUUCGACGGUGAGCAACGGUCUCGGCUCGUUCACGUUCCAGAUCGACUCCGGCACGUCGGACAGCACUCCCUCCUCGCCGCCGCCGUCUGCUUACUCAGGCAGUGACGGGUCGAGCAUGCGGAAGCGCGCCAGUCUGGACACGCUUGCGCUCACGAGCGACCUCUCAUCGUACCCGCUCGGCUUCGACAAGGGUAAUGCUCCCCCGUGCCCCAGGUGCCGCGGCGGUAAGCAGUGCCGCUGCUCCCCGCCAUGCGCGUUGUGCUACUGAGUCUGGUGUACGAUUAUACCUGUCCGGACGUGUCGUGUAACUGGAAGACAAACUCCCUCCCCCUCCCUCCCUCCCUCCCUCCCUCCUCCCCGAUCGCCUUUGCCCUGGUCUGAUUCUACAGCCUGGUUGACCCGGGCGAGACUCUUGCCUACGAUAGCGGCUGUCGUCCCCUUUCCCGUACGUGCCGUCCCGAUAUGCCCCUCUGUACGUCUGCUCUCUCUGUUCUCUACCUCCCUAGACCCGGUUGACUUAUCUAUCUUAUCUUUCUCUAUUCUACUUUGCUCUCGGUAGCUGCUCUCCCCCCUUCCGCUUCCCAUGCCCCCUCCUCCCUUCCGUGCCCCGUAGCUACCUGCCCGCCUUCGCCCCCUCCUCCGCCUUGCGCCGCCGCGCCCUUUCGCUUCCCGCGCCCGGCGGCGCUGUCC